AUGACCCUCGAGGAAGCAUUCGAGAUCCAGAAUCGCCUGGCUGUGCUGGAGUUUCCGAUCGUGUUCUCGGUGUCAGUGUUCUUCGCACUCUUCAAGACUUAUGGUAUCCCUUCCAUCUCCAAGCUUCUCGUUCAAACUGGCCAACUUGCGGAUGAGGCCACGGCUUCCAAACGAGCUGCGGAUACUGGGGUAGUGUUGACAGAAGUGAUACUCCACCAUCCUUCUUCUCCUCGAGCUAUAGAUGGCAUCGCCCGGAUGAAUUAUCUCCACAGCACGUAUCGCAAGGCUGGCAAGAUCAGCGAUGCGGACAUGCUCUACACUCUCAGUCUCUUCGCGCUAGAGCCAAUACGCUGGACGGACCAGUACGAGUGGCGAAAGGUGAAUGAAGUCGAGCGGUGCGCCAUGGGAACUUACUGGCGGUAUAUGGCUGAUGCAAUGGAGAUCCCUCUUACCUUGCUGCAUUCUCACAAGUCUGGCUGGACAGACGGCCUUCACUUCCUCGACGAGCUGGAGGAGUGGAGUAUUGCCUACGAAGCCGGGGCAAUGGUACCUGCUAAGUCCAACUACACAGUGGCCCGGGGCACGGUCGAAGUAGGCCUGUUCAAUGUGCCUCGACGGUUGCGGCCGAUGUGUAUGCCGUUCGUCUCGGCACUCCUAAGCCCCCAUCUGCGGAAGGCAAUGAUGUUUCCAGAUCCGCCACAGUGGACUACAGCUACGCUUGACGUGCUGGUGUGCAUUCGCAAAGUCGUACUACGCUACCUGUGUCUCCCGCGGCCCUACUUCCUGCGUGAGCGGUGGUGGAGCGAGAGGGCCAGUGCAACUGGACGUUACCACGCGAAGCAGUUCAUCUCCCUCCCUUGGUAUGUCAAGCCGACGCUGUGGGCCAGAUGGAGUCCUAAAGCGUGGCUCUUGCGCCUCGUCAGAAGCAAGGUCCCUGGCGAUGAUGGGGGGAAGUACCAUCCGGAGGGAUACAUCAUCAGCGAGCUUGGCCCGGAGAGCCACAAAGGCAAAGGUUUGGCGGAGAUGAAGGCAACACAGGUGAGGUUGAAGGAUAACAAAACGGUUGGCUGUCCCUUUGCCCGUUGGUAG